CUGAGGCCCGGCCCGGGGGCGCCGCGCAGGCCGGGGACCCGGGGCGGCCAGAAGCCGCCGGCCGCGGCCAACGGGGGCCCCUUCGCCAUGGGCGGCCAGCUGGGCCGGGCCGAGCCGCGCCCCGCCGGGGGAGCCGGGACCGCGCGGCCCGUGAGCCGCCGCCUCGCCGCGGGGGAUCGCCUGACUCCACCAACUCCCUUUGCGCUGACUCCUCGACACCGGUAUCCAAUUCAGCAGGCCCAGUACUCCUCGUUGUGGGCCCUGCCCACAGUAUGCCUGGAUGGCUACCAGAGGAAAAGCCUGCUAUCUGCUCGCAACUCCAGCAUGGUGCACAGCCCAGUGACAGUGAAGAUUGCACGUCCGGACAGCAACCUGGCCCGCUCUCCACUCCUGGAGCAGCUGGUUUCACCAAUGGCCUUGUCAUGCAAUAGCACCCUGGACCCAUGUGCAAAGGAGACUGUACUGAGUGCCCUCAAAGAGAGCAGGAAGAGGGCUGUGGAGGAGGAGGACCAGAGUUUCCCUAGUGGUCAGGAGAACAAAAGAAGACGCCAUGACAGCAGUGGCAGUGGGCAGUCUGCGUUUGAGCCUCUGGUAGCUAAUGGAGCCCCAGCUUCUCUUGUACCCAAGCCAGGCACUUUGAAGAGGGCCCUCGUUUCCCAGUGCCUAGACGAUUGCUUGAGCAAGAGAUCGCGCACUUCUUCUGUCGGCUCCAUGAACAACACAUAUGCUGGUGGGAUUCCCAGCUCCAUCCGCAAUGCCAUCGCUAGCUCCUACAGCUCCACCCGGGGACUCUCGAAGCUGUGGAAGAGAAGUGGCCCAAGUUCUUCCCCUCUCUCCAGUCCGGCAUCUUCCCGCUCUCAGACACCGGAGAGGCCUAGCAAGAAAGCCAGGGAGGAGGAUCCUCACUGGUCCAGCACUUCUACCCCUGUAAAAUCUGACAAGGAGCUGCAGACAGAAAAGGCUUUGGAGACUCCUGUGCGGAAGAAGCAGAGUUCCUUGACCUUGCCGUCCAUGUCGGGGAGCAGUGGGAAACGCAAGCGGAAGAUCCAGCUGCUUUCUUCUCGCCGAGGAGACCAGCUUACCCUGCCCCCACCCCCUCAGCUAGGUUAUGCUGUCACAGCAGAGGACUUGGAUGCAGAAAAGAAGACAGCACUGCAAUGGUUCAACAAAGUCUUGGAGGAUAAGACAGCAGUAGAAUCCACCCCAAGCACUGCUGCAGAAACCACCCCUGCAUCCAGGCCUGUGUCAUUCACACUGACGUCUACUGGGCCUACAUCUGUUUCGUCGGCCCCCCUGGUCACUGGCACUGGCUCACUCCUGGAGAGUCUGAAGAAGAUGCAGAGCAGCCAGAGUGCUCUUGCGCUUUCAGAUUCGACUGGGGCUGCAGUGACAUCUCAGCUGCCUCUGACAGUUCCCGCAGUAUUGCUGGAUUCAGGUUCACUCCCUGCAACCGUGUCUGACUCCAAGCCUGCGCUGACGUUAAACUUGCCUGCUCCCUUGGCCCCUCCCUCCUCCACUGUUCAGCCUGCCAGCGGUGUGAGCAAGCUGGCACUUCCUGCUUCCUCCGACCUGGGCCAGACCCCCACCAAGACGUCCUCCCCACCUAAGCCCAGCAUUCUCUUUGGGAUGCUGAGUACACCGCCAGCCAGCCAGCCUGGACCAGCGGCAGCAUCCACUGCACCCGCAGCCACCCCCAUGUUCAAACCAAUCUUUGGCACCCUGCCAAAAAGCGAGAGUGGGGCGCUCUCUGCAGCAGGCACCUCUCUGGCAGUCGCAGCAGCUACUGGCUCUGUGCCUCCCUCAACAGCUGCUUCCUCUGCCACCACCGCCACAUUCAAGCCCAUCUUUGGGAACGUAGCAGCUGGUGCUGCACCUGGAGCAACAGCGUCUCCUUUCACAUUCAAGCAGACACCUCAGCCAGCCCCAGCUGCUGCCCUGACAGUAACUUCCACUACAGACACCACCUCUGUCUUCACCGGCCUCCCCAGUGCUGUCUUUACGACUGCAGCUACCGCUGCCAGCACACUGAGCACCACCACCGACUCCAGCACAAAGCCAGCCUUCAGCUUUGGACUCGGCGUGCCGCUUGCCCCCAGCGUAUCCCACAGCACAACUGACACUGCUCCCGUCUCCACCCGAGCAAGCCAGCCGUUCCUGUUCGGAGCCUCUCCAAACCCAGCCCCUAGCACAGCAGCCAGCUUCACGCCUACCGCUCCCAUCUUCCAGUUUGGAAAGCCUGCAGCCCCCGCAGCCCCCACUACCAGCGUUCCAGCAGGCUCCACCUUUGGCCCCGUGCCCUUGAAUGCAGCACAGGCUGCUCCCAGCACCACCGCUGGCUUUAAUAUCUUUGGGGGCACAAAUCUGACCUCUUCUACCCCACCAACCACCAGUCAGUCAACGCUGUCGUUUGGUUCCUCCCCUGCUGCAUUUGGUGGUUCCUUUGGAACAGGUGCAAAACUGCCCCCUCCGUAUCCUGGUGCAGCUGGUCAGCCUGCGUUUGCCACUGGCACCCCGGAGAGCCAGCAGCCCACCAGCAAACCUGCCGCUGGCCCAGCGAGCUUCAGUACCCCCACUUUCGGCUUUGGGGCCUCCGCGGCCCAGUCCGCAGCACAGCCGGCCUUUGGGAACAGCUCCCAGCCAGUUUUUGGAGGCACUAAUACCCAAGUUUCCUUUGGCACCAACAGCUCCCAGCCAGCUUUUGGAGGCACCACGUCCGUGUUCUCCUUUGGAACAGCCACCACUUCAACCGUGUCAAGUUUUGGCUCCAACACCCAGCCUACAAAGAGCAGUACAGGUAGCAUGGUAUUUGGCGGAAGCACCCCCUCUCCAUUCCCCUUUGGGGGGUCCAACCAGCAGAGCACAGGUGCCAGUACCUUUGGCAUGGGAGCGCCUGCCCCGAGUGGGGGCACCCCCACAGUGGCAUUCAAUUUUGGGGCUGGACAGAACGGAUCGGCAAGCACAGCAACCCCCUUUGGUUCUUCUUUGACACAGAACACGUUGGGUGCCCAAAACCAGAGUGCGCCAUUCGCCUUCGCUGUGCCUGGCACUCCUGACAGCAAGCCUGUGUUUGGAGGAUCUCCCACUCCCUCCUUUGGGCAGAGCACGCCUGCCUCAGGAGCAGGACCUGUCGGGAGCAACAGCCUUUCCUUCGGGACCCCCAGCACUCCCGGGUCGGGCUUCGGAGGAGCAAGGCCUCCAUUUGGACCAUCAGCCCCUGCAUUUUCUAUCGGGGCAGGAUCCAAGACUGGGCCCCGUCAGCGGCUGCAGGCACGAAGGCAGCACCCCCGCAAAAAGUAGCCUCUUGGCUCUUCUGUUGGAUCGUAGCUCUGGCCCGGCUGUGAAGAGCCCCGCCAGCCACAUGAGCCAAGGGGCCUAGUUCUAAGUAACCCUUCUGACAAGCAGCCAGGGCCCUGGGGUCAGGCGCUCGCUUCUGAAAUCAGUUGGAGACACUUCUGGGCGACGCAGGACAGGAUAAACCAAACCCUUCGUACUUGAACAGUUCCACGGCCGAGACUGGAUAAACUCUGUACAUAUCAGCAGUGUUCCUCUUCUCCCUUCUUUCUCCAGGGCUUCAUCUAGCGGCUCCUGUGCUCUCCUGACCUGACAGUUGAGCCUUCCCCAUCCGCCAUGUACCGAGUGCGUGGAGUGGGAGCUGGUGGGGGGACGAGGGGAUGUGCCCAUGGUGCUGGCCCAUAUGCACGUUCCCUGUGCCUGAAUGGAAACUCGUGUUCUGCUCCUUCGCUUGCUGUGUCCCUGCAUUCUUCCCCCUUGUAGCUUUGCUGUAAGUGAGGCUCUUCCCUCCAGGCAGAUGCGUUCCCAGUCUGCUUCGUGGCUGCUGGCCCUGGAGGGGGAUGUCUUCGCUGGCUCCAGAGGCCUUUCCCUGCAUGGUGAUCUCAUGACUUGAUAAACACACCUCUCCCCCCUCCUCCUAUGGGACUCCAGCCUCUGGUUUGAACUGGCAGGUGCUGACUUGCCAGACAUCUGGCCUGGGCAAAUCUAGUAGGUGGGACUGGCCCGAGUCCCUGUGUGUUGGGGAGUAACUCUUGGUGCUCCAGACAGACCACCAUCCAGCUCCUGCAUCUGGGCCUAAUUACCGCUGUGAGCAAUCUGCCUUUUAAUGCUCCUAAGCAGACCUUGCAACUCAGCAUCUUGCCUCUCCUGCGGGAACCCAGGAUAGGUUGGCAGAGCUGCCCAUUGCAGGGGGUACCCUAGCCUCUGCAGCCAGGGAAGGCAGGAGGGUGGUGCCUUUGGUGCACCAGAGGGGUUCUGCCAGGCGCAGGAACGAGCAGAACCCCUGCCCAGAGGAGGUGGGACGCUGCCACUUACUGCCCUCUCCCAUCGUGAUGCUCCCGUAGUUUUCCCUGCUCCUGUCUAAGCACUGUCUGUUGUGCUCUUCGUAUAUUUGCUCCUGUUUGUUCGCUCAUUGAAUCGAGCUUGGAGGAAGAAUUGAACCGUGUGCGUGGCGGCAUGUUGGUAAUGCCGGAUUUGCUGUGUAAGGAUUUUGCGGGGAGGCUGUCUCCUAGUGGGGGACGUGCCCUGCCUAACUGGGUGUUGAGAGUAGCAUCGUUGUGUGGCUACAAGUGCUGAGUGAACUCUGUAUCUAAAUGUGAUGACUGAAAGAAUGGCAGCCUGGGGCGUGGGGGGCCAUAGGGCCCUCGGGAUGCAGGGGGCUGGAAGGGUUCCCUAGGUCACGGUUUGGCAGCCUCUUUGCUGUCAUGCCCUGCUCCAAGCCUAGCUCUUCUCUCCCCUGUGCCAAAGCCAGCUUGCUCUUGUCUGCCCAUGGUCUGUAGCACAUGUCCCUUCUCGCUUCCCUUCAGUGCCAGGCUUCCCUGGGACUGCACGGAGCUGCAGGCCCUGCCUGAAGCCACUAAAGGGAAAGAAUCCCCAACUGACAUGCUUAGGACUCUGCUUUUUGCCCUCUUGUAAAGCUUUCUAGCCCCUCCCCGCUGAGACUGGCUCCAGGGGCCCAGUGGGAGCCAGCGGGGGGCGCUCCUGGGGCUGCCCCUGUAUCUUGGAGCUUGGAGGGGAGUGGGCCAGGGCUUCUAUUCCCUCUGUUGCCCGUGGCCUCUGGGGAGCUUUCACUGGGAGGAUGCCUUGUGUGCCUCGGGGAGAGGGGCUGACACCCCAAAGGCCUAGGCCCCUAUGACUCCCCCACGUUCCAAGAGUGACUCUGGCCGCCAGAUCUUUUUACUACUCAGAGGUGUGAGUGUGUGUCUGCCGAAUCCUAAAUUAACAGAUAUUUAAACAUUUUUUAAGAAAAUAAAAAUUUAUUUUUAUAUUUAAGCUAAAUUGCCUUUGAAUUCCUUCAAGCUUGGUUCACUGAGGUGGUCAAAAGUUCAAAGCUGUUGACUAGGAUUUAGCUGUGCAGUUACUCUGGGGAGGAGGAAGUGGUCCCUGGCAGGCCUGGAACCCACCCCUGCCAGCCAUGGCAGGCUGGGCUAGCAGCUGGGAAGGGCAGCUAGCCCAUGUGGUGCUUUGCCCAGAGGCGUGGGGGCAGGAAGGGCUGGCCUGCUCUGUCCGAGUGGGUGCAUUCUCUUCCUGCUGGCAGGAACUGCCAGGGCUGCUUCUCCCCUGACAGUCAAUGUUACAUGAAAUGUACUUAAUUCUUUUAUAAUGUGCUGUAUGUGGAUGUGACUAAACUUUUUUAUUUUUCCUUGAGACUGAGGCUUAGGAGCUCUUGCACGUCAGAGAGAGUUGGGUGUUAUUUUUUUCUACCAGGAACAAUGAGCCUCUCCUGGCUGGGGAGGCAGGACAUGGGCGGAAAGUCUCUGGGCUCUAGCAGCUGGGAGGUGGCUCCCUUUAGAGUGUGGGGGUGGAGGUUGCGCUGCACUCACCCCUACCCCUUUGGAGGGCUGUAGCUGCCUGGUGUUGGGCUGUUUUCCAGCCUUUCCUUAGGGUACCAAAGCAGCCAUCGUGGGCUGUGGGGGGCUCUCCCCAGUCCAUGGGCACUGCCCAACCAUGUAAAGAGCACCGGCCCAGCCUUGCGGGAGUCUCAUUUCAGUCUGACUCUUCGCACGGGUUUGGAAAAUGAGGUGAAGGGGCUCGUACCUUAAAACUGGUCCCUAACCCCCGCCCCCAGCAGAGCCACCCCUCGCCUGAGAGGCCAUAGCGGGUCUUCUCUCCUUGCUGCAGAGCACCUGUCUGGGCCCACGCGCUGUCCUGUGGGGCGACCACUCGUUCAGCGCUGGUGUCAGGCCUGCGCUUUUCCAGCCUGCUGCCUUCGGGGGGUGGGGGCAAUGUAUGCUGUGUUCAGAGGCUCUGGAGCUUCCCAAAUCUACUGGGAAUUGGGGCAGUUUCGUUCUGACACGCUGUGAAUGGUCCGUGGCUGUUGGUUCAUGCCUGCCUAAGUGGAUGUCUUUGCUCGCUGGCUUAGAUACAAGAAUUGCUUCUACCCAGAAAAAGGAGGAGAGUUCAGUGUCAGCCAGUGAGCAGAGAUCAAGGUAGGUGUUGGUGCUCGCUGCUGUGACUGCUGGCAGGCCUGCUCCCACGUGCCUGUAUUCCUGGGAGACGGGCCUGAGGGAACUGGCCUACAGAGCUCCGUUAACAGGAGGAGGCAGCUCUUCUGGUUACCUCAGUUGACUUUCCUCCACCACAAGCCCAUUCUGCCCAGCCUCCCAUCUAUCUCCGUUCAUGGCGGUGCUAGGCUAGAGGUGACCUACGAGGUAGAGGCCACAUAUUAAGUUUUCUGGCCACGUUAUGCUGCAUUGGUGUGUAACUUACUGUAAUUCUGACGCCCUGCAGCAGAAUAUAAGGAGGAGGCCUCUUGCGCCUCAGACACAGCUGGGCUCCUGCAGGCUAAUUAAACUCUGUUGGGAGUAUAUUGCAUCGGAGGCCCCUGUUCACACCAAUGGGGUGUAAUGCGUUUCAGAGCUGAACUCCAGGCUGUCUUAGUGUUCCACAUCGGAGGCAGGUUGCUGGGGCUGGUGGAAGAGCCGAACAGAACAAUGGUGGGUGGAUGGUCUGAAUUUAUGGAAUAAAUUAUCAGCAACCGAAAAGAGCCCCGUGCAGUGGUUUGUGCCCUGAAACAAACCAUGUUCAUAAUCAGUCUUCAGGGCACGGAGGUUUCAGGCUAGUCCAGUGAAAGAACCAGGGUAGGAAGAAGUAAUAAGGUCCAGAUACCACCACAGCCCGGGGGGGCUGGUUCAGACACUUCCUAGAGUGUUACCCUGGGCUUGUUUUUAAACUGGCCCUGUUCUAGUGCUGGUGCUCUAAACUACCAAGCAAUUUAGCAGCUGUAACGAGUCACUUUGCUGUACCUUGGUUGGGCUUGUGUUUGUCAAUGGCCCUUUCCUCUUUUUCUAACCCAGUUAUGCUGGGCCUGAGUUUUCCAAGCUCUCCCACCGUUCUCUGCUGUGAUUAGCAAAUACCAAAGCUGCCUAGUGACCAGGCCGCUGCUCUAAAGGACCCCAUCUGGUUAUUGCACAGAGACCUUCCGCUGCCCGGCUUCCUCUGUAGCGGCUGGGUGAGAACUGUGCGUGUUGCAAACCUGAGUGGGCUACAGUACAUGAAUGUUGACGGGUGGGAGGCUGGGUUUUUUAAUUACAAAUGAAAACUUAGAUCAUUCCUGGUGCAGCUGGUGGGGAUUUUUAGUGUGAAUGUGCAAUUUUUUCCCUUGCUUAUGUCAUUGAUUUAAAAUAAAAACAAAAUUGUGCUCGA